AUGGCCGUACCAGCCCCUGCUCCUCCACCUCCCCGUAUGGUCAACCUGGCCACCCAGGCCACCAUCAUCGCCCCCAACCCAAUGUUACAAGGGGCUCUAAUGAUGCAGCAGAUGCAAGGUGAGAGCAUUUCAUAAUGUCAGCAAACGUAUAGACAAGUAGAUUGACAAUAUGGUAUUACAUCUUUAUAUCUACAUAGCUGGUGUGUACAUGCAAAAGCUGUAUGAGUCUCUGCAAUGUUAACACUUUGUUUUGAUUGCAAUCCCAUUGAUUUGGUGUUCCUUAUAGCUCCUAAUGCCACCUGAUAGAAACUAUGGCACCACCCUAUUGCUGAAAAACAGUUUGUUUCACCAUUUAGAUCUCUUUCUCAUACUCAUCCCCUAUCUCUGCCUCUCCCACACUUUCUCCUACCUCUCUCUCCUUCCCUCCUUCUUUCUCUGGCUUUCCAGGUAGCAUGCGGGGCUUUACAGCGAGUGGGCAGCAGUUCACCCAGUUCUUUGCUGCGGGGGCCCGGUCCUCUCUCCUGGGGCCGGUACCCAUGGGCAUGUCCAUCAAGAACCCCCACAUGGGCUUCCCUGCCCGACACUACCACCCCCACACCCGCUACUACAACAACAACAACAACAACAACGUAAUAACAACCUCUAUUUAACUAUGGAUAACUACAAGGCACUGAGCACCCACUCUGAGCGGUUUCUGUUUGACUAGCUAAAAGUUCUACUUGAGUUUUACUCUGAGUUGUUAAGAUUGCUUUGAUUGUUUUGAAACUGUUGGGACAAUGCUAUGAGGAGGCUUAAAGUGAAAAUCCACUCAAACUAUCGUUUGGUAUUUUUUUCCAUUAGUCCACAUUUGAUACAGUCCCAAAAUGUUUUGCAUGUUAGCAGUCAAGUUUUCAAGAUAUUGGACUUUCAAGAAGCAAAGUGUCACCGGCCACAUCAUCAUGAUGAUGCAAAAUGCGUAUAAUUAUACUGAAUUGCUCAAAUAAUAAGAUGUCUUUUACAUUUCUUAGUCCUCUAUACCUGUUGCACAUGUUAACUGUUGUUGUUUGCUGAGAGAGCAGUUGAUUGGCUGAUCAAAUGGCUCACUCUGUCCAUGUAGGACUAUUCUUCACGGCACCCGGAUAGAAAGAGGGAGCAGAGAGCCGUGGGGAGCACAGAUAACCAACCUGCAGCCAGCAGGACCCUCCCCAAUGACAAGACUCUCAAAGGUAGGACCGUACCUGAACACUCAACGCAAGAUAGCAACACCAGCUAGCAACGCCUGCUAGCACUGGUGUUCAUUCGCGUCUUUUCUUUAGAGCUAGUGAAAUCUCAGAAGUAUGAAAAGGGUUUGUUUUUUGGUUGCUUGCUCUUUUCCUAUGUCUCCUUCUCUGUAUGUUUUUGAGUGGGUGUGAAACAUUCAAUAUGUGGUUGGAACAGUAGAUAGCCCUGUGUCUCCCUCUCCCUACAGGUGGAGGAGUGGGAGGCCCAGGUGGAAAGGCACAGCCCUCAGUGCAACCUGAGCCCAAGGAGCCAGCACUGAAGAAGCAGAGGACAGAGGGGUAAGUAACACUGUUUUGAGUUGGAAAAAAAAUGCAUCCAGGAUAUCUCAAGUUAUAGAGCAGUUGGGUAGUUGUUUUGUUUACGUACCUAUUCAGAUUAGACUUAACUGAGUAUCCAUAUGUUGAGAUGAGUCCUUGGAGGGUAGCAGCUUGUAGUGACAUGUAACCUUCCCCCUCUGUCCCUCCCCUCCUGUUUCCUUUCUGUCUCAGGUCAGAGGAGACUGUGGAUCAGCCUCCUGAGACAGAUGGGGUCCUAGGUGCAGCAGUGUAUCAAUGCCCACAAGAUGACAGCCAGCUUGAAGGUGAGUGGUCUUGUAUACCAUCCUAGCCUCCUACUCUCACCGAGCUACAGCACUGGCCUUUCACAUGUGGCUUGGUGGGACUAGUGCUGCCCUUAUCUCACCUGUUCUCUCCUUUCCAUGAACAGACUGUUUCAUUCUGGAGGAGGGCGGGAGCACGGCUGGAUCAGAGGCUGCAGAGGCACUAGAGGAGAGCAGAGCAGCCGAGGUCAGUUUUAUCAUCGCGCUUUACUUAAGACCAAACUGUCAAUGUAAUGCUAGAUCAAACAGAUAGCACCCGACUUCUGCUCCCAAAAAGUGAUAUCAUGACCUGAUUUAAGGGCCCUCCCUGUGUAUGAGCAGGUCCAGAGUGGAGUGUCAGCAUUUACCCCAGGCCUGAAGGACUUGGCAGAGGGCAAGGCUGCCCCAGGGGUAUUGGAAGGGGGGCAGGAAGAGGGCAAGGAGGGGGGUGAUGCUGCCAACAAGUUCUAUUGCUACAUCUGCACCAUCACCUGUCACAACCAGCAGGUAGCGCAAACACAUACGCACGCACGCACACACACACACACCCACCCACCCUAAGGGUGUAAAGUGAAAUGUGUUUGCUUUUGGAUGGUCCAAGGCAAGCUCUCAGCUCGACGUAUCAGACAGAGGAAUCACUCUACUUCAUCUCUCUGUAUCUCUCUUUCCACCUCUCUGUAUCUCUCUCUUUCCAUCUCUCUGUAUCGCUCUCUCUCCCUUUCGCUCCAUCUCUUUUCCUCAUUAGGACUUCCAGAGUCACAUGAACAGCCUGGCCCACCAGCAGAGGAUGAUGGAGAUCCAACACAUGUCCAACGCCUGUCUGGUCACCCUGAUGCCCCACGUCCAGGAGUCACUACAGGCAGGCCGCAGGGACAGCUCCUGCUUCAGGGAUGGGUCAGUACUAAUGCACGUUGGUGACAAGUAAAGUAAGGACGAAAGCUCACCCAAAUAGGAAGGGUCUGCCUAAACUUGUCCAAUAAACACUUUUUUCGUUUUCCAUUGCAAAAUGUUUUGCUACGGUUUAUGUCUAUGAAUAUGACCCUGAUGGUCCUCAUAGAGCUGUCUGUGUUUAACACAGAGAGAAGAGUCCCGGCCUGCAGCGUUGGUGUGCCACCUGCCAAAUCCACUACACCAGUACAGUCAUGGACCACCGCAGGACCAGUGAGCACAAGCUGACCAUCCGCACCUCCAACCCCUCCUGUACUGUCUGCAAGAGUCACUUCAAGAACCCAUGCCUGUUCCUGGAACACAUGGAGUCCCAGGAGCACAAGCAGAGAGUCGACAAGGUGUGUCUGACGGUCUGCUCAUCUCUGCCUCGGCAGCUUGGAAAUCCAUUAAAUUGAUUACCUUUCUCGCGUCCCAGAUGUGGCCCUAUUCCUUAUAUAGUGCACUAAAUAGGAUUAGGGUGCUAUUUGGGACGCAACACUUGACAACCAUUCCCUCCCCCCUCUUUCUUAUUCACUGUUCUGUGCUCCUCCCACUACAGCUUCGGGAGGAGGGGGGGCCAGCGGCCUUGGCUGAACUGGUUGCCAUGGACGAACAGGGCUGUUUUGUAGAUGACGAGAAAGAGGAAUGGGAAGAUGGUGAACAAAGCAGCUCCCAUGGAAAGGUUAGGCAUCUCCUUGUACACACUUUGUCACACACGUCUCUUCUUUCCUGCUCUCGCGCUUUCUUCCAUGCACACAUUCACUUUUUCACAGGAUCAAUACUGGAGACAUUUUGAAGAUGUAUAUUCAUGUCGUCAUUAUUUUGUUGGUUUAGAUCUAUUUGGUCAUGUGUGUGUUUGGUGUGGCAGGAGGGCUGGCCUACCCAGAUGGAGGUGGCUCUACUAGAGGACGUAGAUGAAGAUGAGGAGUAUGACCCUGACACGGUGUACGGUGAGUGACACUCUUCCAGGGGUCACUGUCUCACAACACACCACUCACUGACUUGAAAAGCCAUUCUGAAUCAAUCAUUUAUCAGUUCAUGUUAUUUGUAUAUUGCACAUUAUGAUUUUGUCAUGUGCCAUUCCAUUUUCAUUGACUUACAGUACCUCUCUCUGCUCAUCUCCCAGGUUCUAGCUUUGUGGUCCCCGUGGCUGGGUUCCUCUGUAGAAUCUGCCAGCACUUCUACCAUUUUGAGUCCUCAGCCCGCCACUCGCACUGCAAGUCACUCAAACACUUUGAGAACCUCAAGGUUGGUUGUAUAAUCGCAUGUCUUGUAUAUGAAUUAAGACACCACACACAUAACAUUAACGGGUUUGCCUACAGUUGUCUCGUCUGUUGCAGUCAUCUCCUUUAAAUCCUAUAUGUUUGUGCCUUCUCUCCCAUACAGAAGUACAGGGCAUUGCGUAGCCAGAAGGAUGGGACAUUGGAACCUACUCCCAUAGAUGGAGAUGCAGAGAGCGAUAGUAACCACACCAUCUCAGGUUCAAACAGCCUGCCUUCAGAGCUCCUCAGCAGCCCAGCGUUACUGCAGCCCACCAUCGCCACCACCACACUGAGGCCCUCUAAGCCCUGCCCUGAACCCCAGGACAACACUCCCUCAGCCUCAUCUUCAUCCCAGCAGGACCUCACCACUACCACCAGCAGCACUAGGGGGACCCCGGGCCAAGCCACCCCAGAGCAGCAGAGCCUAGCAGUGCCUGAGGACAAGGAGGAAGAGCCAACCCCAGACCUAGGACAAGUCACAGAAGAUACAGAGGAGGAACCAGUCACGGGAGAGAUGGAAGAGGAGGCAGCUGCCCAAGACGAGAAGAUGGGCGACGGGAACGCAAAGGGGGCAUCCAAAAGAAGGUCUGGGAGGACAACACAGAGACGUUGAGGGAUGGAGAGAGAGUGGAAGAAAAAUAUGAUAUCCAGUACAAUCGCUACCCUAGGACAGGGUCGGUUAGUUUGGGACAGGGUCCCCCACCUCCUUUUCUGUAUAACUCAAUAGACCAAGAAAAGAACACCCUGGAAACGCAAAACCAGUGGUCCUCCAACCAAUAGUUCCUAGGUGUUUUGGUGUUGAUUUUUUUUUUAUAACACAACCACAACUAGAUACAGAUCUAUUUCUAACAGGCAUUCAGUUAAACCUGAUUGAAGAGGAGAACCAUGGGGAAACAAAUUGUGGAUGUGUGUGUUGCUAUUAUAAAGUGUUAAAAGGGUCAAGUGAAAACAAAGGUCAAUUGUAGUUCAACAACACGUUGUUGUGUUCAAUCUAUCUAACUCAAUAACAUAUUGUAGCCAAGUUUAUGAAGGGAGUGGUGUUGUUUUAGUCCAGGCAUUUCCCACAAAGCUAACAACGGUAGCUCAAGCUUUUAGUGAGACUUAGAAUGUAGCAUUUUAGCAGGUGACUUUUAUCUGGAAGAAGAAAAAAUGUGAUGGGGUGGGAACUAAACUGUACUUUUGUUUGAAUGUCAAGUAACGAUGAACCUUGAUUUGAUUCUAGCUUUGUUGAAGUGUUACUGUCUUUGACAUUUUAUUGUCUAAGACAUUUUUCACACAAACUCUGACCUGUUCUGCAGUUGUCUUGGGAUGUGUUCGCAGGUGAGGGGAUAGGAUAGAGGGGGGUUUCAAAGGGGAAAAGUCCUAACUGCUUUGUCUGUUUUGCUCAGAUACGUCCUGAGCUACUGGUUUCCCCUUGUCACUGUAUUACUAAAGCCAUUCUAACUGACUUGUUUAGCUCUUUAACCCCUUGGUUGCUGAAACUCUGCCUAAAUCCCACUGGUAUUGCUCCUAAGUCGCACUUGAACCUCCAAAAUGCUCUGCUAUAAGCUCAUAUGGCUUUGUCAAGACUGGAAGAAUUUUAGAUCAGUAGUGUUUCUGCAAUGUUAGGAAGCAGUGCAUGCUUUUAGUGAGCCUUCGAAUGUAGCUGCUCUUACUGCAACUCUCAUAAUGUUGUAAAACUGCUGGACUAGACAAGUCCUAAGACCAUCAAACUUUCCUUUAGAUGUGACUCAGAUAGGGAGAACACGUUGGCCUAGAACAGAUCCUCUUUGCCAUAGUUUGUUCUCAACAGAGAUAACCAGUUUUAUGUAAAGUUAAGUGAUCACUUAUAUUUUUCCUCACAGUUGGAAGCAUUAGGCUUACCUAUGGCCAGUUGAUACAAUUGGUGGAUUUCCAAACCCUUUCACCCCAUUAAUAUUUAUCAUUUCAAAUGUCCUGCAAUGUUGCAUUAACAAGCUUACACAUCACAACACAAACAUGACACUGUAAGAGUUUAGUAGUUUUGUGCCUGUUUUCCAACCUUUUCAAUUGCGUUGUUACUUCAUUCUUUUUUUCACACACAUCUUGUACGCUCCAGUACACUUGACUAGUAGAGUAAUUUUCAUUGAGUAGAAUUGUCUGUACAAGAAUUGCAUGGCAGAGUUGUCACCUUUCAACUGGGUAACAUAAUAUCAAGGUUAUUAUCAACACCAAUGAAGUGGAAUGAUAGGACCAUGAGACAUGACUGGUCAAAACCCAGGGCCCUAACUGGUCAGGAAACAAUCUUGGCCCCAGGCAUGGAGAAUUAAGUGUAUUUUCCCCAGUGAUAGUCAAUGAGUGUAGCAGACUAGCAAAGAAACUGAUAACCAGCAGCUCUGCUUUUGAAGAGCACCAAUAGAAGGAAUGGUAUGAUUCACCAGCUUGUGAUCUCAAAUCAAAUUGUAUUUGUCACAUGCGCCGAAUACAACGGGUGGAGACUUUACAGUGAAAUGCUUACUUACAAACCCUUCCCAACAAUGCAGAGUUAAGAA